UUUAAAUAUGGGCUGAAGUUGUUACAUUGUACCAGAUUUCAAUUGGUUCUAGUUUGACCGCCUGAUUCCCUUGUACACCGCACGUCACACUCUUGGCUCAAUUCAUCUGCAAGCCAAACACUGAUCUAGCAAAGGUCAAACGAUAAUCUCUAUGGCUGUUCAGGAGUCUAGUUGUGCCGUAGAUGACCGAGUGGAUGACGAAAAUUGUGGUCCACUACUCAUACAAAAGUUAGAAUCCGCUGGAAUUGCCGCUGCUGACGUUAAAAAGCUUCGAGAGGCAGGCUUUCAUACUGUUGAAAGUAUCCAGUUUGUUCCAAAGAAAACUCUGCUGGCAGUAAAAGGGAUUAGCGAAGCUAAAGCAGACAAAAUUAUAGAAGCUGCUCAAAAGUUAGUUCCUUUUGGAUUUACAACUGCCACUGAAUUUCAUCAAAAACGGUCAGAAAUUAUCCAGUUAACCACUGGCUCAAAAGAGUUAGAUAAACUGUUACAAGGUGGUAUUGAAACUGGAUCAAUUACGGAGUUGUUUGGAGAGUUUCGGACUGGGAAAACGCAGAUAUGUCAUACUUUAGCCGUAACUUGUCAGUUACCCAUUGAUAUGGGUGGUGGUGAGGGGAAAUGUUUGUAUAUUGAUACGGAAGGCACCUUUCGUCCUGAACGUUUGCUAGCAGUUGCAGAAAGAUAUGGUUUAUCUGGUAGCGAUGUCCUAGACAAUGUGGCUUAUGCCAGAGCCUACAAUACUGAUCAUCAAAUGGAGUUACUUAUUAACGCAGCGGCUAUGAUGAGUGAGUCAAGAUAUGCAUUACUAAUUGUUGAUAGCGCCACAGCUCUUUAUCGUACUGAUUAUUCUGGUCGUGGGGAAUUAUCAGCACGACAAAUGCAUUUGGCUAGAUUUUUGCGUACAUUAUUACGACUCGCUGAUGAAUUUGGUGUGGCUGUAGUUAUUACUAAUCAGGUAGUCGCUCAAGUUGACGGUGCUGCUAUGUUUUCUGCUGACCCUAAGAAACCUAUUGGUGGAAAUAUAAUGGGUCAUGCUUCAACUACUCGAUUAUACCUCAGAAAAGGUCGUGGAGAAACUAGAAUCUGUAAAAUUUAUGACAGUCCUUGUUUGCCAGAAGCUGAAGCUAUGUACGCUAUUCUUGCCGACGGUAUAGGUGACGCAAAAGAUUAACGAAGUUUUGUAACAAACAAACAAACCAAUUUGUGUUCAAAGAGUUCAUUUCAAGUCCAAUAUUUUUCACAAGAUAGUUCCGUUAAAAUUCUGAAUAUUGUAAAUAUGUGGCCAUAGUUAUUCUGUUGACAGGUUGUUUUUUUUGUAACACUAAUGCUUUCUCUGAAAACAUUUGGUUUAUUUUUAGAAGGGAAAAUUUUAUAUACAUUGAUUUAUUGCGAAAAAA